AUGGACGUCGAACCCUCAAACAUUUCUUCGAGCCCACUAGGAUCAGCGAGUGAACUCCCCGCUCCCGCUCCGUCUUCAUCGAGAUCGAAAGCACGAGGGUCGAAAGCGAGAAUGAUGACUGUCGGUGGAAAUCGGUUCGAGGCGCCCAGCCACUCCAUUCGGCACAAAGCAGACUCCUUCCGCUCCUCAGGCUCGCGCCGCGGAAAUCCUACCGCCACUGAAUGGUUGUCUAAUUCUUUCGAUGAUAAUCAAAUGAGUCCAAGGAGUGCGACGAAAAUAGUCGAUAAGGAGCUCGCCUCCCAAUAUAACGACUUUGGGGAUCCAUUUUUGGACGCCGAUUCGUCAAAUAGCAAUAUGUCACCCCUCAACAACACUUCUACUGCUGAAACGAUUCCUGGAACGGCCACGAGCUCUGAACCUCAAACCAGCUAUACUCCAGAAACUGCCAUUGUAGCUGAAAACGACCCAAGUACCGCGAUCGCUUCUCCCCCAGGCUCGCCUAUCGCUUCAUAA